UGUCGCGUAAACACUGUAGUGUCCGACGUGCUAGUUGAAUGAGCGUCCAAAGAAACUAAUGUAACGUUCUCUUUUUAAAAUAUAUAAUAUCGUUUGAACGGCAAAAGCGGCGAAGUAAGAGAUGCGGGUCAGGUUAUAGGCUUCAUGUGCUGUCUGGUGGUGUUGCUAGCUUGUUAGCUGGGUGGCUAGCUGGCCAGUAAACCAUCAGGGAGUAGAAUGAAGAGGACGAAGGGAAGUGAACGCUGCUCGUGGCCCGGGUUAUCGGCUCUCUGCGCGUGAACAGCUCGGUGUCUGUCAGACUCUGAUUGUUCGGAAGGAGAAAUGUAUUCGACACAAAGGAAGGACUUUGUCUCUUUAAAUCUGGGAGAUCGAGGCUACAAUAAUGCGAAGCAUCGGAGGCAGUCAUGCUGGAGGAAAUGGAAGCAGUUUUCCCGGCUUCAGCGCAGUCUGAUACUGUCUCUCUUCUCUAUUCUGUUUAUUGGUGGAAUCUUCUCUUACCCCAGUCUGUCAGAGCAAUGGACAGAUCUCUCUGAUGAAUCAGUGCGUGAUGUCGGGGAUGACCUGCAGAGGCGGGAUUUCCAACCCAUCCCUCCAGGUCAGAUUCUGAAACCUGAGGUCCUACACAAGGAACCUCCUGAACCACAGAAACCGAUGGCCUUUGUCCUUCCCAAACCCCAAGCUCUGAAGAAACCUCCAAGCAAGCGUGGCCCUCCAGGUCUGCAUAAACAAGGAAAUGUGUCAGACUGGCAGGCGAAAGACAGACAAGAAGGAGCUGUCAGAGGAGAAGAGCAGGAGGAAGAAAUUCAAACAGUCAUUAGCUGGCGAGGGGCCAUGAUCGAAGCUGUGCAGGACGCCGAGCCACAAGAGGCGGAAGGAGGCGCAGGGGUUGAGGAAGCCGUCCCCUUACAAAUAGUUCCAGUGAAUCCAGUGGAUCGCAUGGAGGCCGUCAGAGAAGCAUUCAGGCAUGCGUGGAAAGGCUAUAAAGCUUUUGCUUGGGGUCAUGAUGAACUGAAACCUGUUUCAAAGACGUACAGGGAGUGGUUCGGUUUGGGGCUUACCCUCAUCGAUGCACUCGACACCAUGUGGAUUCUCGGCUUGAAAGAAGAGUUCGAGGAAGCCAGGAGAUGGGUAGAGACAGAGUUAUCAUUCACCAAGAACGUCGACGUGAACUUGUUCGAGAGCACCAUCCGUAUUCUUGGAGGCCUCCUGAGCACUUAUCACCUUACAGGCGACGCUCUGUUCCUCGACAAGGCCAAAGAUAUAGGUUCAAGAUUAAUGCCUGCUUUCAAGACGCCAUCCAAGAUUCCUUUUUCUGAUGUGAAUAUUGGGAAAGGCACCGCUCACUCGCCACGCUGGACCACCGACAGCACAGUCGCCGAGGUCACCAGCAUUCAACUGGAGUUUCGCGAGCUCAGCAGGCUCACUCAGGACAUGCGGUAUCAGAACGCGGUGGAUGAGGUGACGAAGCUGGUCCACAGGCUGGAUGGGAAGCGCGACGGUCUGGUGCCCAUGUUUAUCAACACCAACAGCGGCAAGUUCACACACCGCGGGGUGUUUACUCUCGGAGCCCGUGCAGACAGCUACUAUGAAUACCUGCUCAAACAGUGGCUACAGGGAGGGAAAACGGACACCACGUUACUGGAGGACUACCUUCAAGCUGUCGAUGGAGUGAAGAAGAAUCUACUUAAGCAGACAGCCAGUAAGCACACCUUUGUAGGAGAGCUGUCUCACGGACGCCUCAACCCCAAAAUGGAUCAUUUGGUGUGUUUCCUGCCAGGCACUCUGGCCCUGGGAGCACACAACGGCCUGCCAGCUGACCACAUGGAUCUGGCAGCGCAGCUGAUGGAGACGUGCUAUGAGAUGUACGCGCAGAUGGAGACCGGCCUUAGCCCCGAGAUCGCCCAUUUUAACCUGUACAGCCGCAACGGCCGCGAUAUAGACGUCAAACCCGCAGAUCGACACAACCUGCUGAGACCUGAGACGGUGGAGAGUCUGUUCUACCUGUAUAGAUUGACCCACGACAAGAAGUACAGAGACUGGGGCUGGCAAAUUCUAGAGAGCUUCAACAAGUAUGCCAGGGUCCCCAGCGGAGGCUACACGUCCAUAGGGAACGUACGCGACGCGGAUAAUCCUGUCCCCAAGGACAAGAUGGAAAGCUUCUUCCUCGGAGAGACUCUGAAGUACCUCUUCCUGUUGUUCUCCGACGAUCCAGAGCUAAUCAGUUUGGAUAAGUACGUUUUCAACACCGAGGCUCAUCCUCUCCCUAUCUGGACUUCUGCAUCAUGACCUGUGCCGGAGCUGUAGAGACAGAAGCUUUCAUUACGCUUGAGAAUCCUCCAGAGCUCCGCAUUUGGAUCAGAAAGCAAAUGGAGCUUCAGAGCAGAACUAAUUAUCUUCUGUGUCGGUUAACAGUCUUACGUUGGCCUUUCGGUGUACAUACACUAACAAGCAUUUUUAACCGUGGUGAGUAGCCCGAUCCGUAGUGGUGAAGGGACGAAAUGGUUAAUCACGUUAGAUAUAAAGGUUGUUCAAUAAUUUAUCUCCAUCCACGAACUCACUAUUAGAGAUUAAACUCUAGCAUUAGUCGGUUAUUCAUCCACAUAUUGGGGUUUACCGCACUUGCUGUGAAAUCGGAUGCAGAAUGAAGUAUUACUUUGCCGUUUUCGUAUAUUCUUGUAUACUGACGCACGUGAGGUUUUGCAUUUCGUCUCGUUACCGUGACAAGCGCUUACACAGGGGACCUACGAAGGCAUUUCUGAGUUUUACGUUUAUGAGCUACAGGAUGCGUUUAGAAAAAAAAAAAAGCUUCGAAUAGUGAGCCGUUUGUUUUGAAGAGUUAUAUUUUAUUUGAUGGCUCUAAAGCCCAGGAGAUUUUAUUUGUUUCUCUUCACUCCGUCUGACAGCUUUAGCACUUUAGUACAUGCCCGCGACUUGAUUGAGUAGCAUUCCCUUCAGAGCCGCUCGAGCCGCGGCUCUGUUCUGUGUUGUGAUCCACAACUUCGCCAGCUGUGAGACUAAACUCAAGCUAGAGUUUCAAGUCGUGGCAAAAAGGCGAAUGAUUUAAAAGAGCCGUGUGUAAUUCUGGAUGCUUCUGCUGCUGCCUGUGCAGUGAAUUUCAAUGAAAACACUGACAAGGCUUAAUAAGACUUGACUUAUGUUUCUGUGUUUUUGUGUCUCGACGCAUCGCGCGCAGGUGUCUUGAAGUCAAAGGAAAACUCCACCCUGAAGCACAUUGCGUAUGUUUAUAUGAAAAGAUUUCCGUGAUGCAUUUCGUGAUUUGUUUCUCGGUGUUGUAUUUGCAUUAAUCCUGUGAGACAUUAGCUAUAAUAUGGUGUUCUGUGCAGGCGUCACAGGUAGGCGUUACAAGCGCAGUUACAAUGGAGCUUAAUAGGAGAAAUAUUUAAAGCAAUCUCAAACAUUUGGGAUAACGGUCAGGUUUUGCUGUUGGCUCCUAAAAAGAAAAAAAAAGUAGAAAAGCUUCUUCACCCUUUUCCACUGGCGUGAUGUUCAUGGGAAAUCCGAUUUGGACGAAACGGAGACAUCAAACUUCAGUAUGGUCUCGAGAAGGCUCAAAAUUCAGUGAUGUUAUAUGAAGCGUAACGGUUCAACUGGUCAGUAGUGAUGUGACAGAAGCAGUGCUUUAAGAUCGCAUGUUAAUUAUAAAAAUUAAUAUGCAAGUCGUUCAGGGUGGAUCGUAUUUUUUUCCUUUAUUUGUUGUAAAAAAAAAAAAAAAAAAAGGGAACUAAACUAAAGCUGAUAGUCGUAUACACUGUACCUAAGAACUAUUUAUGGUGACAAUAUCUACCCGGAAACACUGUAUGUGUCUGCCUUAUGUUCCGAAUAAAACCUUGUACAUGCUGCAAGCUUUAUUUAUUAAAACCUACAGUAGGAAAUAAUAUAUUAAAAGAAAAAUAGGUAGCACUACGCAGUUCAAUUUAAGCAGCAUGGAUAGCUCGACAGUUGUUUAUAAGCUUGUGAAUGUGUUUUAAUGUUCACCUUGAUGACCUCGACAUUAAGAAAAGUGCAUCACUGCCAGGAGUGAGUCCACACUUUGCAACCGCACAUGCUUGCUAAUUCAAGUUAUAACACUGAAGAUCAUAACACUGCCUCCAGAGGCUUGUACAGUGAACACAAUGCAUGAUGGGUGCAUCGCAUCAUGUCCUUCCCUUCUUACCCUCGUGCACCCAUCGCCCUGGAAUAGACUCGAUCUGGACUCAUCAGUCUACAUGAGCUUUUUCCAUUGCUCUAAAGUCCAAUCUUGUCUUUCCUAGCCAAUGUAGGUGUGUGGUUUUUUUUCCUGAUUAGUGUUACUAACAAGUGUUUUUUUUAUGGCCACUCUGCUGAGCUGUUUAGAGAGUCCACUGUGAGUUCUCAUCAAAUUGUGCAUGUGGAAAUGCUCUUACUUUUGCUAUUAAACAUAGCUCUGAUUUCUACUGUCGUUUUUUUCACAUACAUCUUAACUAAGCGUUUAAGUUAUCUCCAUUCAUGUUUUUUUUUUUUUUUUUUUUUUUUUAAUGAUCACAUUUUUUCCCUAAAGUUGAAGGUUCAGCACUAUCCUUCCAGGUUUUGAUAAUGUGUCAGACUAUUCGUAAGCCAAUUCCAGUAACUUAAAAUCUCCUUAAUUACCUUUGUUACUUGAUGUAGGCUAAUAAUUUGACCCAUCUCUAGUGGUAACUUUUUUGCUAAGCAGUGUAUAUAUAAAGUUAUUUGUUUUUUAACUUUAUCAAUUGUCGAUUAUGAUAUAUAUUUUUUUCUUAUGUAAUGAAAUAGUAAAAUAAUUUAUUUAUUUUUAUUAUUAUUAUUAUUUUUAAUGGACUUGGACUGAAACAAAAUAUUGACAUCCACCAUUUACUGUAUUUAUUUAACCAUUUAAUGUACUUUGUUUAAAAAUAUUUUUGAAACACCCUUUCCAUUGUUUACAGCUGGUCACGGCACUGCGACUGUUUUCGCAUGAUAAAGUGAACCCUUCUUCCUUAAGAUAGUAAAUGGGGGCCGUGUAUUUUGUGACAUAACAAAACACUAAACGCACCUGAGAUAUGAACUUGUGCUAUUCUUCUUAAAUCCGAGUUUUUGUGCGUGGUCAAAAAUGACUUAAUUCUGACUAACGUGUUAGAACAGAGAUCCGGCAACAUUAUAUUUUAACCUGACCCUGCUCAUCUGCCUUUUGAAACCUUUAUAAAAUCUCUAAAGUGAAUUUUCAAUCUAAAGUGAAUCUUUCUUUGGCAAGAGCUCUGUGCUUUCCGUUGUAUUUUAUUUGCUGCCCAGCCAAAAAAAAUUUUUUUAUUGUGUAUGGCACAUAUUUACGAUGGUUUUGAUAAGCUUAUGCAAUGUCACAGCAUUUAUUUCCAUAUCACUGUAAAAAUCAUAUUCAAUGCACCCUAAGUUCUUGGAACUCUUGAGCCAUCUUGGAAUAUGCGCGUGCCAUCAGGGAAGAAAAAAAAAUCAAUUGAUGAAAAAAAAAAACCCUGGUUGUUCAAUAUAUUCAGGUCGUCAGCUGACCUCAUUGUUUGGCCACAUAACGUUGCUGAACCUAAUGUUAUGACCAAAAGAUCAUAACAUUGCCCAUACAGGCUUGUGCGGUAGACACUUAGCAUCCCUCUGGAACAGGGUAAAUCUGGACUCAUCAGACAACAUGACCGUUACCAAUUCCCUGCAGUCUAUUUUUUAGGCUACCUAGAAAACUAAAGCCUUUUUUUUCCCCUGAUUAGCAUCACUGAUAAGCUGACAGCAUCACUGACACGACUGUUUUCUGGUUUCUGUUUGCAUUGUGUGUGUGGAAAUGCUCUUACUUUUACUAUUAAACAUAACCAUGAGUUCUACUGUUA